CCUCUAUUUAAGACCCUCUGUUCCCUUUGUUCUACUUUCUUAAUCGCUCUUUUUCAAAAAAAAAUCUUCUCUUUCUAAUUUUUUUCAAACAGAGCUUCCCUGUUUUUUCUCUCUGGUUUCUUCAUAAUCUUCUGUUGUUUAUAUAUAAACAUCUGCUGCUUUGUGUUGCAUAUAUAUAGUUCAAUUUGUGGUUUGUAUAUUGAAUGGAGGAGGCUGUAGUGUUGAACAGAGGAGACGACCUCCUCGAUUUGCCACCCGGGUUUCGAUUCCACCCCACAGAUGAAGAAAUAAUAACUCAUUAUCUUACAGAAAAGAUCAUGAAUUGCAGUUUCAGUGCAAGUGCUAUUGGCGAAGCUGAUCUCAACAAGUGCGAGCCUUGGGAUUUACCCAAGAAAGCAAAGAUGGGGGAGAAGGAAUGGUACUUCUUCUGCCAGAAAGACAGGAAGUACCCAACGGGGAUGAGGACUAAUCGGGCGACGGAAUCCGGUUACUGGAAGGCUACCGGAAAGGAUAAGGAGAUCUAUAAGGGAAAAGGAUGCCUUGUUGGGAUGAAGAAGACUCUUGUUUUCUACAGAGGAAGAGCACCAAAAGGAGAAAAAACCAAUUGGGUUAUGCAUGAAUUUAGACAAGAAGGCAAAUUCUCCUACCACAACCUCCCUAAAUCUGCAAAGGAUGAAUGGGUUGUGAGUAGAGUUUUCCACAAGAACAAUAGCACAGGAGGAGUCCAGAAAAGUAGUCCAAUUCAUGAAACGUUGAGGGUUAAUUCAUUUGGGGAUGAUCAUUUUCUUGAUUGCUCUACGCUGCCACCUCUAAUGGAUCCUCCUUACUCUACCGGAACUAGCUCGGGACUCCGCAACGGCGGCGAUGGGGGGAACGAAUUCAAUUCCAUUAACACUGCCUCAAUGCCAAGAUCUUCUGAUGGGAUGAAUUCCCAAUAUCAAACAACACCAAGCUCUAUUUACACUAAUCAAGUUCCUGAUAUGUCUAAUUCGCUCUUCUCCUUCCAUGGAUCUCCAAAUCUUGGUUACUUGUUGCAUGGCGGUAGUAGCUUUCCGGCAGGGUACGGUGCCAUUGAUGGCAAACAAUGUAAGGUUGAGCAAUUCUCGUCAAAUCAAUCAAUGGUUAGUCUGUCGACGCAGGAGACUGGAGUUAGCACCGAUGUGAACACGAACACUGAGAUUUCAUCCGUGGUGUCGAGGCAUAGCAACAAGGGUUAUGAAGAUCUUGAAGGUCCUUCAGUUGGAACUAUAACAGAUUUGGAUUGCUUCUGGGAUUGCUGAAAAAAUUGGAAAAAAAAUAAAUUAAACAAGUAUAUAUGCUAGUUAGUUCUUUGUUUCUUAGAUGUUCCUUUUUUUAGGAUACGUGAGUUUUCUAGCUUCCACUAGGACAUUAGUUAAUUGAUUAAUUAGUUUAUAUAUAUAUGAAUUCUUAUAUAAGGUAUAAUGUAAUAGUGUAAAAUAAGGAUAUAUGUUUAGACUAUUGAUUUGUAACAUGUGGGACCCAAACUAGUGGACCUCACUUGUCAUAUAUAUAUAUACUUUGUAUAGAUUCAUCUUCUA